GGUCCUACUAGGAUGCAACACAAAUCCACGAGAUAAAUAAAUCCAAAAUAACUAUUUAUUGGCAGUUAUUUACAAAUUAAAGCCACGAUGGACAGCAGCAAUGACUUGUCGGACGAGCUGAUACGCCGCUUCAGCGUUGGCGGGUCUCUGGAGGAGGUGAUUGCCAGCGAAAUCUUCGAGGAGAGCAUCGAUGUGGAGACGGAGGCGGAACCGGACGACAUAAUCAUCGUGCACAUGGACAUCCGCGAGCCGCUCAGCAUGCUGAAAUCACUUGUUGAGCAAAAAAUAGGGGUGUGUCUGAAUUACUACACCUUUUGGCUGCAGGAUGCACAGGAGCUGGAAUCCCACAAAAACCUCGUGGAUCAGUGCGUCAAAGGCGAGGGUCUCGUCCAGAUCAACGUGCAGAUCCAAACCAUACGGAAACGCAUCAAUAUAGCCGAUGUCCUCAAGCCCACGGAGGCCGCUUUGGCUGCCCUGGCCGAGGAGGUGGUGGCCCAACUCUCUCCUCCCGAAACAGCCAGCCAGAAGAGCUCCUCCAGCGAUAGUCCCAUCAAAACCCCCGUCAAACGGAAGCUUAAGGAAGACUCCGAGGAGGAAUCCGUUGAAUCCAGUAAGGAUGUUAAGCCCGUCUUAAACUGGGUCCUCGACAGCAAGUUCAAGCGGGAACAGGCACGCCUAAAGAUCCCCGAGGCGGCCAUCGAAUGGACGCAAGCCCACGUGACGCACUGGCUCGAGUGGGCCAUCAAGCAGUUCGAGCUACGUGGCAUCAACAUGAGCGACUGGCAGAUCAACGGCCAGGAACUCUGCGCCAUGACGCACGAAGAGUUCAGCCAGAAGUUGCCCCGUGAUCCGGGCAAUGUCUUUUGGACGCACCUGCAGCUGCUCAAGGAAUGCAACUUUGUGUCCGUGGUGCACAAGCAGGCGGAGGAGCUGCGGAAGCCCAAGCAACCCAGGAUCAUGUCAGCCACUGCCAUAUCGACCACGGCAUCGGGUCCGGUGUCUCUGGAACAGCGGAUUAUGCGGAAAUCCUACCAGGCAGUCAAGGGUUCCGAGUCCGUUGAAAGUUCCCCCACAUCCAUGAGUCCCACAAAUUACACCACCAUCGGUUCCGGCAACAAUGGACAAGUGCAGCUGUGGCAGUUCCUACUCGAAAUACUCACCGACUGCGAGCACACGGACAUCAUCGAAUGGGUGGGCACCGACGGAGAGUUCAAGCUCAGCGAUCCGGAUCGCGUGGCCCGCCUUUGGGGCGAGAAGAAAAACAAACCCGCCAUGAACUACGAGAAGCUUUCGAGGGCUCUCCGCUACUACUACGAUGGAGAUAUGAUCUCCAAGGUGUCCGGCAAGCGAUUCGCCUACAAAUUUGACUGCGACCUAAAGCUGUUGAUUGGCUACGAUGCCAAGGAGCUGUCGCGGCUGGUCAACGAGCGGAAGGUAGUGCCCGAGCCCGUGGUCCCCCUGGAAACGGUCAAAGAAGACACAUGACAUGGCGAGCUGAAGCUCAAGGAGGAACCCGACAUACUCUGGAAGUACGAGGAGCCUUAGCGUUGGCUGACUUGGUCGGAUGACGGCGCCU